AUGAGAUCGCAACAAUGGAUACUUCGAGGCACGAAUGGGGUCGAGAGCCUUUUCCUCGAAGAAGUCGAGAUACCGGAUCCUGGAGACUACGAGAUUCAAAUCAAGCUUCAUGCUGCAUCGCUCAAUUUCAGGGAUCUCAAAGUUGCGAGGGCAACCCGAGACGGCGUGGUCCAGGGAUCUGAUGGCGCCGGCGAAGUGGUCCAAGUCGGCCCAAAAGUGACACGAUUUACCAUUGGACAGCGAGUCUCGCCCAUCUUCCACGGAACGCAUUUUUACGGAACCCUCAGUGCUAAAAAUGCACCUUCUCAAUUGGGAACGUUCCACGAUGGCGCUCUCCGACAGUACGCCAUUUUCAAUGAGCAGGCUUGCGUGGCCAUCCCGGACAAUUUGUCUCAUCGCGAAGCAGCUACUUUACCCUGUGCUGCAUUGACGGCUUGGAACGCAUUGUAUGGAGGUUCGAGGACUCUAAAGCCCGGUGAGAUAGUGUUGACUCAGGGAACGGGCGGAGUGAGUAUCUUUGCGCUGCAAUUUGCGAAGCUUGGUGGAGCACAAGUAAUCGCAACUACCAGCAGCGCAGACAAGGCUGAACGGCUCACGCAGCUUGGAGCAGACCACGUGAUCAACUACAAGGAGGACGCUGCAUGGGGACAGACUGCAAGAAGUCUAUCGCAUGAUGGCCAGGGUGUCGAUUUUGUGGUUGAGAUAGGCGGAUCAGACACGCUCCGCCAGUCGAAGCUGGCUGCUGCAAUUGGGGCGCAACUUGCCAUCGUUGGUGCACGGGCGAGACAUCCAGGUGGAUCAGGGCCUCAGUCGAACUUCAUUCACGAUGAAGAAACGACGGAUCGUAGGAGAAUUAUGGUGGGCAGCAGGCAGAUGCAAGAGGAAAUGAAUCGGUUGAUUCAAGUUUCGAAACUCAAGCCGGUCAUCGAUGAGAAGGUGUUCUCCUUGGCUGAAGUCAAGGAGGCAUAUCGGUAUCUCGAGGAUGCAAAGCAUUUCGGGAAAGUGGUUGUGGAUAUCGUGUAG